UAUAGCAAAAUAAAUGAGCUGGAGCCUCUCAAAAAUGUUAUGCAAGCACGACUAUUAGUUGAUUGGGUGAUACCUACUCUUUGCCUUACUUUCAGGAUGCCUCCUUCUUAACCUCCUAAUUUCUGCAACCGUGGCAAGAGCAUACUUAACUCCUGGUAGCACUGUUGGGAAUGACAGUGUGAAAUUGCGACCACCCGCGGUCGGCCGUCUCGGCGCUGACUCAUCGUGACGUCACCAGCGGAUCGAGUGUCGCGCGCGCAGAGUGAGCCAGUCGGCACCUGGCGGUCGGAGGGUUGCCCGCCCCGCCCCGCCCCGCCCCGCUGCAGGGAGUUUCCGUAGUCGUGUGGCGUGGCCGGCAGCCGGCCGGCAGAAUCGGCCAAGGCUAGUGUAGUGGGACACUGACGCUGCGCGAUACCCAUUGCACGUGCUGUGGUGUGCCGCGUGUGUCGAACUGUGCGCGGUCGGAGCGUCUGCUGGGCACCGCUGACGGUGUGUCGGCGGAAUCGUGUCUCGCCGGCCGGGUCCUAGCUCCCCCGAGAGCCAUGCCGGAGACGGGGCGUAACGCCAAAGGCUUCCAGGACUCGGCGGUGCAGAGCUCGGCGAUGUCCCACGCGGCCGCCGACAACAGUCAGGACGGGGCGGCCGGCGACGGCGCCAAGGCGGACCCGCCGGCCGCCGAGACCGACGAGCCGGACCGCAUGGCCAUCGUGGAGCUGGAGACGAAGCUGGAGAUGAUGAUGCCGCCGGAGCCGCAGGAGAAGGCGGUAAGUCCGUACCCGGACUUUCCGGAGACGAACCCGUUCCGGCUGUCGGCCCGCGAGGUUCCCGUGGUGGUGGAGGCCGACGACACGCCGUCCGUGAGGCCACGGGAGCGCGGCGACGGCUGGCCGGUGGGAUCGCUGGCCCAGCGGCGCGGCUCGCCCUCCGACCUGAGGGUGUUCAUCCCGGGCACCGGCGGCGCAGGGGCCGGCUCCACGCUGCUGGCUCAGCGGGCCGUGGGCGACUGUGAGCCGGAGCUGGCGGCGGCUGGCGGCGGCGGCGGCGCUCGGCGGGGUCCGAUGGAGCGCCGGGACAGUAUAUGGGACCGGCUGCCGGCGCCCGACGAGCUGCAGCAGCAGCGCCGCCACUCGGACCAGGAGCCGACCAGCGGCGCCGGACGACUGCUCAGGUCGCCGUUCCCGCUGGUACAGCCGACGCCCACGCCGGACCAGACCAACGACGAGGGUCGCGAGCUCUUCCUCGAGUUCGUCCACGACCGCAUCGUCGAGGAGGGCAUCCCCGAGGCGGAGCUGGCGCUGGAGGCGCAGAACGACGAUACCAUCAACAGGAUCAUGUCGCUGCCGGGCCUCAGUAACCCGGUGUGGGCGCAGACGGGCACCGAGCUGCGCGCGCUGGCCGACGCGUUCGCCACCUCCCACCAGCGUCGCGAGCUGCGCUGUAAGGCGCAGCAGACCGACCUGACGGCCAUCUCGUGGGACCGCUUCCGACAGCUGCUCGAAGAACUGUUCUCGGGAGAGGCGGGCGUCACCCAGGAGCGAAUCCUGGUGCUGUUCUUCUUCCUCUCGGACUGCGUGGUGAGCACAAUCCGCCGGCACGCCUGGGCCCACCUGCGCCGUUUGAUCGAGUGGAGCCUGCGCUAUAUCGUGGAGCGGGUCUGCACGCUGGUACAGGAGGCCGGCGGAUGGGGUGUCGUGCUGCGCCAGUCGGCCGAGUACCUCUACCUGGGACUCAAAAUAGCCGCCGCGGGACUGGUCUGUGUGGCCGCUAUCGUCUACAUUAGGAAGAAUUAGACCGGUCCGCCGCGACACCGUGCCACGAUGGGAACCGAGGAGCAGCCUCUCACGUCCCGCCGCGGUCGUAGAUGAGUAGAUGAUAUCGGGCUAAGAAUAAUGACGUGCGAGUGGGUAUUUAUUGACGGGCAUUGGGGCAGAGCCUUGCCGGUUUCCUCUGUAGUUGCAGAACGUUUGACAGAUAAGCGUUCACUAUUUUUGUUUUUAGAAUACUCAUUUCCUGUCUAUUUAUGUAGUUGCUGUUAGUUUUGCUUGCUUGUUACGCGGUCAGAUUUAAGGUCCUCUGAGGUUCACCGACUGCAUUAGCAUGGCUACCUGUUUUUGACUGCCAUCAGGCUAGCCUUUGCCUUUACCUGGCUUUGCCGCUUUAGGAUACUUUCACUCGAUCUAUUUUUCCCGAGUUAGGUGGGUUCUGGGAAGGUGUGUGUUGGCUAUGCCGACAGCCGCAAGUUGUGAUAAGGUUUAAUUUGGUUGAGAUGGAUGCAGUAUGUUUCGUCACGGCCUUGCCAUGGGACAGAUGCCGAGUAGAUAGUUGGUGAACCGCUCCGGAGCUCAGUCUUUCCUCUACAAACGCGACAAUAGCUGCGUGGAUACAGUACAAGCCACUCCAGUACAGAUCUCUCCGUCCGGCCAGCCAACCGACCUCUGUUUUCGGAGGUCCCCUCCCCGCCGUACUCGUCGGCGCCAGCUCAACGCCUACCUCCGCCCGUGGGGUGGCUCGUCUCAGUCUCAGUCCUCCAUAACGCGUAUACCGUGACUCACACGUAACUCUUACCGUGAAUCGGGCUCCGACGGCAGGGUUCCACCCGUCCACAGCUUCCCUGGAGCCUCGGGUGGCGGCACAGUCACAAUACCAGCACAGUGUGUGCAUCACAACGGGAUCGUGUCCGUGACCGUGUUUUGGUGAGAGUGUGGUCCUUGGAUUGUGUGGACAGCCUCGGCGGCUCCAGUCGCGGGGAGAGAGCGAGGUCCCCGGCUUGUGUAGCCAGUCUGUGACUCGGCAAGGGACAGUGAUUCUAGCGUGGUUCAGGCAGGUGAUUCCCGUGUGGCUCGGGGCUGUGGCCGCUGGCGGCAGUGUGAUGCCUCUCACAGUGGUGAGAGCGGUGAGUUUUGUGAGCGGUAGGUGAGACGGUGACUCACGUGUGGUUUCGCUGUGAGCUGGCCAAAGAGCGAGUGGUAGGUAAAUGGACGGCGGGCGCCGGCUGCCGGGACUCCAGGGUUGUGCCCUCAGUGUCCUUCGAGAUGGAAUUUGUUUCAAUUUUGUUUUGAGACGGCGUAUCUCGCGUCUAGGCGAAGACGUGAUUAUUGAUCAGCGAAUGGAAAGUUGCUAGUCGUUUUCAAUAAAAUAACGGCUGUUUUA